AUGGCGCCUUCGGGAUUUCUCCUGACUGGAGCCUCCUUUGCCGCCUGGGGGCUGCAGUUGCUGCCCAUGCCGGGAUCUGCUGCACAGAACCGCUGGAAGUGGCGGUACAUCUGUGUCUCGCUGAUACACAGCCUGCUCACCGGGACCGGGAUUGGGGUGCUGCUCCGACGACCACCAACUGGAUUCAUGGCCACCGGCCCUGAGUCCUGCUGCUGGGGUCAAUGUUACUUCCUGGCCAAUGGAGCUUACAUGCUGUGGAUCCAGAUGGGUCAGGCCUAGGACCUUCUUUGUCACCAUUUGCAGAUAAUGUGCUGCCUCAGCACCAUUGUUCUGUCUCCUUACUACAUGGGCUUCUUAGUGGUGUCUCUGCUCUUGGAGCUGAACUCUGCCUGCUUGCACCUACAGAAACUGCUGCUGCUUUCUCACCAAAUCCUCUUCCUAGCCUUCAGUGUGACCAGGGCCCUCUUCCACCUGAUAUUCCUGUGGUAGAUGAGUCUGUGGUUGCUCUGGCAGCAAUGUCAGGUGCCUCUUGCUCUGGUCAUCCUUGGUGGAACUGGACUGGUCAUUGUGGUUGCUGCAAGUAUUACACUGUGUGUUGGAAUCCAGAUCGUCAUCACUGUGGUCUUGGCCCCACCCUUCCUUGGGUUGAAGAAAACCAGGUGGACUAGAACAUGUGAUGUUGAGCCUGUCACCAGGGACAAUUCCAUUCUCAGCCUAAAAGUCUACAAAAAAUGGCAGGCUCCUCCUCUACCAGCCCUAGACAGGAGAUGGGGCCAGGAUAAGGAGAUGGUGAUCUUUACUGAACAGUUCUCCGUGGGGAUAAGGACUGGACUACCGUACCUCAGGUCCUCUUCCAGCUAA